AGUGACACUGCUUUGAAUUAUACCGCUCAGCGACUUCAGUACAUGCCUCAUAGCUCCAGUCUCAAACUUAACCCCGUUCUUGCUGAAGAAGAGAAGGUCUGCUGGAUGGAGAAAGAAGCUCUCGUGAAAGAGGGGGAGGAAGAGGAGGCUGUUACAAUACAAAAACAAGUAGAGGGUGAGGGUGUUACCAUGAACGAAGAAGAGAAAGACGUUACAGAGAAAGAAGAGGAAGACGCGUUCAGAGUGAAAGAGGAUGACGAAGUUUCAGUGAAAGAAGAGGAGACUGACGAUGAACGAGAGAGACGUGACUAUCGUGGAUCCUCUGGGGAGCAUCAACAACCUCAUGAUGCUGACAAGGCAGAGAAGAGUCUCUCCACGUCAAAACACCAGCAGAGAACCACAGGGAAGAAAUCUCAUUGCUGCUCUGACUGUGGGAAAGGUUGCACAUCUUCAUCAGAACUUAAAAUACACCAGAGAACACACACAGGAGAGAAACCUUUUAGCUGUGAUCAAUGUGGGAUGAGUUUUACUACAUCUAGCUCUCUGAUUCGACACCAGAGAACACACACAGGAGAGAAACCUUAUAGCUGUGAUAAAUGUGGGGUGAGUUUUCCUUCAUCUAGCCAGCUGACUUCACACCAGAGAACACACACAGGAGAGAAGCCUCAUAGCUGUGAUCAAUGUGGGAUGAGUUUAACUACAUCAAGCAGUCUGAUUCGACACCAGAGAACACACACAGGAGAGAAACCUUUUAUCUGUGAUCAAUGUGGGAAGAGUUUUCCUACAUCUAGCCAGCUAACUUCACACCAGAGAACACACACAGGAGAGAAACCUUAUUGCUGUGAUCAAUGUGGGAUGGGUUUAACUACAUCAGGCAGUCUGAUUCGACACCAGAGAACACACACAGGAGAGAAACCUUAUUGCUGUGAUCAAUGUGGGAUGAGUUUUACUACAUCAAGCCAUCUGAUUCGACACCAGAGAACACACACAGGAGACAAGCCUUAUGGUUGUAAUCAUUGUGAGAAGAGUUUUACCAAAUUUUGCUCUCUGACUGUACACCAGAGAACACACACAGGAGAGAAACCUUAUACUUGUAAUCAUUGUGAGAAGAGUUUUCCUACAUCUAGUCAGCUGACUUCACACCAGAGAACACACACAGGAGAGAAAUCUUAUAGCUGUGAUCAAUGUGGGAUGAGUUUUACUACAUCAAGUAAUCUGAUUCGACACCAGAGAACACACACAGGAGAGAAAUCUCAGCUGUGAUCAAUGUGACAAGAGAUACUCUGAUAAAAGGUGUUUAAUCAAACAUCAGAAAAUGCAUGAAGAAGUUGUUUCAUAAUAUCAAUGAAAUGACGUCACACUGUAGAAUGUUUUAACAUUGUAGUAGGAGUAUUUUAAUGAUGUCACAAUAUAGAAUGUUUUAACAUUGUAGUAGGAGUAUUUUAAUGAUAUUCUACCUUAUAAUUUGCCCUGUUCAAUUGAUUGCAGCAUGAGAUGGAUAUUAGCCUCAGGGGAAAAUCCAGGCUCUGAAUUGAAAGAGUAUUAUUUAACAAAAAGUGACUAACAAAAAAAGAGCUGUGUUACACUUACUGCGUUGGUGACCCACUUUAAUCAAAAUGCAGCACUUCAAAAUGUAGCUAGCUGUUUUCUACAAGUUGAAAAAGCUGCUUGUUUAAAAAAAUACAUGUAAUAUGAUAAUUGUUGCAGAUGUUUGUGUAUAUACAUAAUAUGAAAGCAGUAUAAUAAAUUGGUCUAUAAUCAAUUUUAUUAACAAUCUGACAUCACUCCAGUAUUUCUUGACAACAUUCAAGUGCUAAUUGUCUUUAUUCCACUACUGAGGAAUCAUGACUCAAAUCACCUCAUAUUUCAAACAUCCAGCCUGACAAAAGAUACAUGUUUUAUUAUUCCAUGCCUCACCAUUAAGUGAGUUAUUGCCAAUACAUAUUAACAAAGGGGUGUACAUUUGGGUUUGAUUUUCAUAUUUACAAUUUGUAACAUUUAGUAAUCAUAAUUAGUUAUGCAACCAGCUGACCAUUUUGGGUACAAUUAUAUUGACA